CAAGUGUGAGGGGGGGGUGAGGGGGUAUGCCGUGCUUUUUGCAUGUUAUUAUUGAUCGCAGUUCUGAAGAUGGUGCAGUUAUCGAAAGCUGGAGUCAAAGAGAAUCCAUCUCUCAAAGCUGGACACCCUCCUGCAGGUUUGCGUUUAAAGAAAAUAAAGGCUGGAGGAAAAAGACUGGCUAAAAAACAAGGCGGUGAAGAAAAUGCUCCUUCUGAAACAGAGGCCAAGAAACCUACAGCAGAAAAGAGGUCCCUUGCGGUGUUUUCCAGAAUGCAGUCGAUCAGUAUUCUUCUAGCUGGUACUCUUGAUAAGUUAAGUCGUGAAUUUCCAGCUGCAGCAGCAAGUGUUGCAUAUAACAAGCCCAGACCUGCAGUUGAAAAGCUGCACACACCGAAGAAACUGUACCUCAUUCAGCAGCCCCGCAAGUGUUGAGUGAUAGGCCAGCUUGGGCGACGGGGUGGGUACUAUUGAAUACCGACUGUAUAAUGGAGGGGCACUAAGUUUUGGUGAGGGAAAGCAAUUAUGUUAAUGGUGCUUUUUUUUUUUUUUUUUUUUUGGAUGCAUGUUUUCUGUUUAGAGGCCAAUUUGUAUAUCUAACUGCUAAUAAAAAAUGAAAUGGCUAUAAA